AUGAUCCUCAUAGUGCUGUCUCAGUAGGGAGUUCACUAGGACAAAGCACACAGCCUCUGGGUUUUCUCUGGGUCUUUCCACAAGCCCAGAGGACUUUCAUUAGACUCUGUGUGGGAUAAAGAUGGCUUGAGGCGCUGACACACUGAUCUGCUGCAAACUUCUCACUGCUCUUCUGGGCUCCAGGAAGGAAGAAAUCGACUGAAGAUCAAGCAGAAGGCAUUUUGAAGAUGAACAUUCAGUCAGCCAUCAGCCGUGAGAUCUUUGUCCCAAGAGAUGAAAAGUUACUGGUUUCCAUUGAGGUGAGGAGGAGGAUGAAGAGGACGGGACUUUCCCUCACAGGCCGCAAUAAGAAGUACUUGACUUUCCUCUGCUUGUCAGUCACCAACAGCAGACCAGCUAAAGUCUUCAUCACUAAAGUGAAGAAAUUUCAAGGCACGCGGCAGUUUGCUAAAAGAUCUCAGUGGUCUGUGGAGCAGCUCCGCCAGGUCAAUGGCACCAACCCUGAUAAGGACACUCCUGAGUUUGACCUAGUGUUCGACCGCACCACCGACCAAUGGGAGGCCAGCUCAGCCGCAGAGAAGUGCAUGUUUGUGCAGGUUUUGUACCAUGCAUGUCAGAACUACUGGGAGGCCAAGCUCGGCCAGGAAAAGCCUACGUCCCCUGGAGGCCAGAAGACACCGGGAGCUGCGGAGAGCAAGAAGAGCCCUGCUGCAACAAACAAAACCAACUUCAUUAACUGCCAGCCAAAGCUGAUGGGAGAUGCAUGCUCUGUUAAUAUGGUCAUCUACCGCUGCAAGAUAUUUUUGAAUAGAAUGAAGACCAGUAUGACUGCAAACCAGGAACGGCGUCAGCGUGAAGCAGCAGGUAAAUCCUCCAGGAGCAGGAGCAAAAGCAGUCCGUCUCCUCCAGCAGUGAGAAAGAUGGGGAAUAUGAUGCGGAGAGCCAGUCAGGUGUUGAGCGAACGCGGAGAGCGCCUGAUGAAGGCUGAUGACAAGACCAGCCACAUGCUGCAUGGGGCCAGGCAGUUUGCAGAGGCUGCUCAGAGGCUGGCUCUGAAGCAGAUCUAGAGGUCUUCUGAAUGCCCUUGCUUCCAAUAAACAUGUUAAAAAUGAGCUUUUAAUCAUCUGGUUGCUGGAUAACUUAAAAAAAGUAGCUCUUAGUCUAAUUCAGAUGCAUUCUGUGCAACACUUUUUAUUUAGUUUUCUCCUCACCUGCAGCCUGAACUCAUAUUUCUGCAUUUUUAUUUUUGCAAACAGCUGAGAAAUUCAAGCAAUUGUGAUAUGUUCAGUCUGACUUGCAGAUCUGUUCCUUUUUUUUGCAUUUUCUACAGUAAUCACAGGAUAAUAUAGCCAGCAGGAGGUUGAUCCUCUUCUGCUGAGAUGCGAAUUACCAUGAGGCGAGCGAAAUGAUGUUUGUUUUGCACUGGAAGGAGCCUUAAGCCUUUUGAUUUUGCUCGCAAAACUAAAGAAAAUUGCCUCCCUUAAGGAAAAGCACAACAUCAAAACGAAAGCAUUACAGCACUUUCGCAAUAACUUGUUUGUAGGUUUAUCUAUGCAAGUUAUUUUCCAUUUAUUAUAUGCAAGCUACUAUUUUUCUCACACAGUUUGGCAUUUAUAAGGCUGAGACUCACUUUUGGGUAAUAUUUAUAUUCAUUUAAAGCAGGUUUAGCACUUCACUGUAUGUUAGCUUUUUGGAAACACCGUUUAUAUCAACACAAUCUCACGGGAAUUCGUAACUUUUUGAUUUAGUGGCUAAUUCGUAUGAAUUCGUACGAUCUAAUUCGUACGAUUUAGUACGAUUUGCUCAUCCCCCAAUGACGGUUGGCUUUAGGGGUGGAGUUAGGUGCCACGCCUCCUUUUUUAAAUCGUACAAUUUCGUACGAAUGAACUCUAGCCACUAAACUAGCCGCUAAAAUUAGCCACUAAACUGACAAAACGUAAAAUACUUUCGUUUUCUCAUGAGAUCAGGCUGUUUAUUUCCCUGAACUGCUAACAUUUUCGUAAUUUAUGUCAUUUUAAAUACUUUCCAGUACUUCUACCUUAAUGAUGCUACCUAUUUAAUAUUUGUUCCGCAUAUUUAAUUGGGUUUCAGACAGAUCCUGAAUGCCCACAUGCUAAUGGUCUAUUUAAAAUACGUAAAGCGACUGUAUGUAUUUUUGUCAAAGCCCUCUACACUUCUGUGUCCAUUAUAUCGCUUCUAUAUUUCAGUAGAUAUGCGUGUUCACAACUUGUGGCUACUUUAUUCUUUCCAAACAUGCUCACAAACAAGUUAACUAAUUUAUAAAAAGAGAAAAGAACAAGAAACAAAAUCCAGUCGAGAUUAAUUAGAACGAUUGAUCUGGUAAUUAACACUCGCAUACACUUUAUCCAUGCUAUGUGCACAAGUGUUUCUGCAUAUAUAACAUACAGUACAGAUGAAACACUCAUGAAUGAUUUUAAGUUACAUUCAGAUCACAAACAUGAGAUUUAAGAUUCUAUAAGCUUUUAUCAUGAUAGAAACUCAAUGUAUUUAGAUGUGAUCUGUGCGACAUGUUCUUCCGUCAGUCUUGUAAAUCUGUGUGUUGAGAUGAGACUCAGCUUUGUGUGUUUGUGAUCGUGAUCAUCAUCAGCAGGAGCCGCAUGUCAUAAAGAGGCCAGAGGGUUUUUUCUGCAUCGAUUCAGACACCCUGUUUGGUGUUGACAUGUGUGACGUCUGUCUUCUUAUGCUGCUAUUUUUCUAUGAGUGUUAAAAUGACUUGAGUUUCUUUAUGCUGCAUUGUUUAUGUGUAACAGAAUUCCGUCUUUGUCUUUGACUGUGCUCUUGUCUGCGCUUAAAACAGGUUACAUGUGGAAAUACCCAUAAUUUGCGCAAUAAAUAAAAUGGGACACACUUGU